UGGGAGCCGUCGGCUGGGGGAGACCUGCGUCCGCCGAGGGGAGGGGCAGGCUCCGGCCUGCCACCGAGCUGUGCCGCCUGGCCCUGCCGUGGCUCGGCCUCCCGCAUCUGGUUCUCGGCCUUUUUCUGCCUAGGAGAGCCGCGGAGAAAUUAGUGUGAAUCGUACGGAACAACGACUCGGGGUUGAUAGAGACGCGCUUAUUUAGUGAUGUGGCGCCAUCUUGCAAUACGGAAGAAGAGCCAUGGCGGGCGCCAUUUUGCUUCUGAACAAGAGAUGAAAAGAGCCUCGCUAUUUUUCGCCGCGCGGGCGCCGCCAUUUUAGGUUACGGCAAAAUCUCCGCCUUUUGUUAGGCGGCUUCAAUAGGGUGCUGCCAUUUUGGAUGACGAAAGAGACGGCGACCCGCAGGGGUCCUCACCCCCUCCCUUCCUCCCUUUAGGUGUCUUUAUAAAAUGCCCGUGGAGAAUCCCCUCUUUUUUCGCCCCGCUCCCAAGAUGGCGUCGAUGCGGGAGAGCGACACUGGCCUGUGGCUGCACAACAAACUGGGCUCCACAGACGAGCUGUGGGCGCCGCCGAGCAUUGCCUCGCUGCUUACGGCUUCGGUGAUCGACAACAUCCGCCUCUGUUUCCACGGCCUUUCUUCGGCCGUCAAGCUUAAGCUACUCCUGGGGAUGCUGCACCUGCCCCGCCGGGCUGUGGAUGAGAUGAAAGGGGCACUGACUGAAAUUAUCCAGCUCGCUACCUUGGAUUCAGACCCCUGGGUCUUAAUGGUAGCUGAUAUUUUAAAAUCCUUUCCAGAUACUGGCUCCCUUAACCUUGAUCUUGAAGAGCAGAAUCCCAAUGUUCAAGAUAUUUUAGGAGAGCUUAGAGAAAAAGUAAGUGAAUGUGAAACCUCAGCUAUGUUGCCGUUGGAAUGCCAAUAUUUAAACAAAAAUGCCUUGACAACACUGGCUGGGCCACUUACUCCCCCAGUGAAACACUUCCAGCUGAAGAGGAAACCUAAAAGUGCCACUCUGAGAGCUGAACUCUUGCAGAAGUCAACAGAAACUGCACAGCAGCUCAAGAAGACUGCAGGAGUGCCUUUCCAUGCCAAAGGCAGGGGACUGGUCAAGAAGAUAGAUACAACAACACCACUCAAAGGAAUACCAAAACAAGCUCCCUUCAGGAGUACUUCAGCACCAAGUGUGUUCAGUCCUUCUGGAAACAGAACUCCUAUUCCUCCCUCAAGAACAACUCUGCGCAAAGAGAGAGGAGUCAAGCUUCUAGACAUCUCUGAGCUGGAUAUGGUUGGUGCUGGCCGUGAAGCAAAGAGAAGAAGAAAGACUUUAGAUACAGAAGUUGUGGAAAAGCAAGCCAAAGAAGAAACAGUAGUAGAAAAUGCUACCCCAGAUUAUGCUGCUGGCCUGGUGUCUACACAGAAACUUGGCCCCUUGAACAAUGAGCCUGCACUACCUUCUACAAGCUACUUACCUGCAACCCCCAGCGUGGUGCCAUCUUCCUCCUAUAUCCCCAGCUCUGAAACACAGCCAGCUGGCUCUGCACGAGAGGCCUUGCAGGCUAACAGGCAGACCGAAGAGCCUGCAGCUCCAAAUGCCACCACCGCUCUCCCUGCACAGUUCAAACAGAGAACACCCAUGUACAAUAGUAACUCUAAUCCACCUGCAACUACACCUACCUCACCCCUAACACCUACCACCCCUCCUGCCAUCUCCCCUGCGGCACAAGCACCACAAGCAGCCCCCCAACCUCAGCAACAGCCACCACCCAAGAAAAGCCUCUCUCUCACAAGGGAGCAAAUGUAUGCUGCACAGGAGAUGUUCAAGACUGCAAACAAAGUGACAAGGCCAGAGAAGGCUCUUAUCCUUGGAUUCAUGGCUGGAUCCAGAGAGAAUCCUUGCCAAGAGCAAGGUGACAUCAUCCAAAUCAAACUCAGUGAGCAUACAGAAGACUUACCAAAGGCAGAUGGCACUGGCAGCACCACCAUGUUGGUUGAUACUGUCUUUGAAAUGAACUAUGCUACUGGGGAAUGGACCAGAUUCAAGAAGUACAAACCUAUCACUAAUGUUUCCUAAGAGAUGCAGCAGCAGCAGACUGGACCAAAUCAAGCUUAGAGUCAACCAGCUCAUAGAACAUGUCAGCUGUACACAUGAAUGCCAUUUUGUACAUUUCUUACUACCCUCCAGAGUAAAAAGUUGUGGCUCUUCAACCUUAAGUGGGCUUGGUAAACAGAAGAUGGUGGCAAACUUGCUUGGUUUUUAAUCUUGAGAGAGGGGAAGGGUGAGCUUAGUGGGGACAGCUGCUGAUGUGAUUUUGCUUUCCUACAGUUCAAGAUGCCAGCAAAGGAGAUCCCAAGAGAAAGGUUGCAGACAGGAGCAGUUUACUUCUGAGUACCAGAAGAGAGGAUACUGCUGUCAAUCCUGGUUUCCCAUUGAGCAAGAGCACAGGUUUUGAGCAUAAAUAUAUUUCAUUUGGGACAUGGGUUCUGUUGUGAGGAUGGACAUUCAAAAGCUCCAUGGGACAGUGCUUGGUUAUUUUAAUUCAGCUGCAGUGUAACUAUUGCAGGUGGGAAUAUUCAGUGUCUAAUGGUGCCCACUGUAUGUUUAGCUUGUUGAUGCCUGGGUCAUAGGGUGAGACUAAGCAACUUUCUUUACUGGCUGCCUUGUGGGUGUCCAUGCCCAGCAUGAGCUAAUCUGUAUUUGGCAUUAAUUAAGAGAAACUUGAGUAUCAUAACUUUGUGAAGAGAAAAAACAAAACCCAAAACAGCAUAUCAGAGUGGGGGGGAGGGAAAGAUAGAGGUGGCUUGUCACUGCCAGGAAGCUUUGGCUCUUUGCCAUAAAAGUCUUAGAGUACAAGCUGAUCUAUGGCUCCUGCAUAGCAAGCCCUUGGAACAGCAUAACUUCAGCAGGGAGGAAGUCAAGCUAUUACAUCUCAAGACCAGUUGCAGCUUCGUUCUAGAGUGGCUCUAGAAAUGGUUGAGUGACACACAUCUGAACAUAAAUGACUGGGAAGGUUUUGUUGUCUUGAGGCAGUGUUCAUUUCUGUCUGGUUGAGCAGCUGUAAUGUGUUUGCCAAGCCCUGAUCCAAAGAGUUGUGACUGACUGUAGCUGUGGUUCUCACCAGUGUGGUUAUACCAGUGUAAUCCUGUGGCCACAGUUACACUGGCAUAUCAGUGUGCCUUUACUCCUUGUAGAAGCACUCUUUCAUCUUUAACUGUGUGCACACCACUCAUAUGAGCUAGCUUUACUAGCACAAUUAAAGCUUGCAGUUCUUGGGAGGGCUUUGUACAUAGGUCAGGACUCAUCCUUUGCAGACUUGGAGUCAUCAUUUGAAGGAGACUUCAGCAGCUGGACUCACAUGGAGCUGUGCUUGGUUGGGAACUGUGCUUAGAAGGCAGAAACCCCAAGAUGAGUAGUCCAAUGGCUGGUUGGUGCUGGGGAGGUGCCUUGGGCUGACUGGAGGUGAAGUGGAAGUCAUAGGACAAAGUGAGGCUUUCCUUUUGUUUUGAAAAGAGAGCAGACCAAAUCCCCAAAGAACACUUGGGACUAACCAAGAUG